AGGCAUUUAUAGAGAUAUGGUCGCAGGCUUGUUACAUAUUAGUCGCUAGGUUCAUGGGAGCGCGCAGGUUUUGACUUACGUUUUAGCGAUUUACCCUCAGCACUAGCUGGUUGAUGAUUUUCCUGGGAGACUAAAGAACUUGAAAAGAUAUAGCAGCCAUGGCAAAAAAUACCACCUUGUUGCUUCAGAAGUUACGUGGCUUUAUGCAAAGCUCUCAGUAUGGCGGUCCAAUACAAGCCUAUAUCAUUCCGUCAUGUGAUUCUCAUCAAAAUGAGUACAUAGCCGAGUGUGACUGCAGGCGGCCAUUUAUAACCGGCUUCACUGGAUCCAGCGGCACCGCUAUUGUGACAGAAAUGAAAGCAGCAAUGUGGACUGAUGGAAGAUAUUUCCUCCAGGCGGCCAAACAAAUGGAUCAAAACUGGACACUCAUGAAAAUGGGUAUGCCCAAGACCCCAACUCAGGAAGAAUGGCUGACAGAGGUUUUGCCAGCAGGAUCUAAAGUUGGGGUUGAUCCCUUUCUUUUUAGAUGGGAAUCUUGGAAGACAUUUUCCAGCACACUAGAGGGCGCUGGUCACUCACUUGUACCCAUCCAAUCAAACCUUGUUGAUCUGGUCUGGGAUGCUGACAGGCCACUUCCACCACAGGCUCAGGUCAAAGUUCACAGUCUUCACUUCACAGGUCAAAGUUCAGCAGAGAAAGUGGCUCAGAUUAGAAGGAAGAUGGCGAAGGUUCGUGUCCAGAAUCUUAUCCUGACUGCCCUUGAUGAAAUAGCAUGGCUAUUUAAUCUACGAGGUUCAGAUAUUGUAUACAACCCCGUGUUCUUUGCUUAUGCAGUGCUUUCUCAGGAUAGUGUACAUCUGUUUGUAGAUGAGAGUAAGCUAGAACCUGGAGUACACAGCCAUAUCAACCAAGGAAUAGAAGUCACACUACAUGCAUAUGAUGACAUUCAAAAGUUCAUCUCAGACAUGCUUGCUGAAAAUGGAGCCAAGACCUGGAUCAGCGCCAACUCAAGUUAUGCACUAAUGAACCUCAUUCCAAAGGUAUGGUACAAGUUGACUUGUAAACUUUGA